CAGUCGGACCUGAAUGUGUGUUCUUGUGUUUUAGGCAAAUAUAGGUGUAAAUGUCUGCGUCCUUUCGAGCCGCGUUUUGUAAAACAUCACAAUGUAUAUAUAUAUCAUGAAGAUAUAAAAAGAAACUAAGUGUUUCGUGAUGUCUCGUUUUUCAUGCUCAAGAUGCAAAAUGGCAGCAGCUUUUAUCAGGGGUAGCGAUGGCAAUGUAUAAAAACAACGCCUUUAUUCGGCUUGAUAGGAAAGAGAAAGUACUCUGGGAAGACAAUUUCAGCUUCGGGUUCAGUCUCAAUCAGAUCUUCAGUCACAUUUUGCCAAGGUUAUUUGUAUAUUUGCUUUGCGCCAUAAUCUUUAUAUUAGCCAAAGGUGCGUGGAUCAUGAAUCAAUCACAUCUACUUAAGGAGAUCCUCAGAUCUUGUGAGCUUCGAUCACCCCAGCGAACGCAAAUAUUUGUUUGCUACAGAGGGAAUAUUUGCAUUCAUCAAGAAGAGUAUGGACAUCAUGGUCAUGGGUGUAAUCUCUGAAUGUUGUCCUUUUUUAGGGCUCCGACAUAAAUAAAUGAUCUACACGAAGCGGAUUCAGUUGCUUCGUCGUAUGU